AUGUCGUGGUAUUCAAAAAUUUAUAUAUUUGUGCGAAACUAUCGAAGCAAACAUCCAUUUCGAGGAUUCUUUUUGCAUUUGUCAUUGAAUGCACUUCUUGUACUACAGAUUUUCAUUUUUAUUUAUUCAUAUUACGUGUAUACGUGGAUUACUUGUUUUCAAUUUUUAACGAAUACAACUCAAAUUACAAUUUAUUUAAUUGUAUUCAAUAUGGUACUCUUUAUGAUGUUAUGGUCAUUGAUAAUGUCAAUUACUACGCCAACCGCGCGUGUGCCAAGUCAGUUCUUUGUGAGUUUUAUUAAAACAGAUGAAAGAUUAAAAGCAGUGACUCCGUUCAAGGAUUACCGGUAUCUACCGGAUACAUCUACGGUUGAACAAAUUCAAAGACAAUCUGAUAUUUUAAAUAGUUUUGCUGAAACUAAAGGAUUACGUUUUGUUGAAGUGGACAGCUACAAUCGGCUCAGAUACUGUUAUCAGUGCUCUCUGAUCAAACCUGAUCGAAGUCACCAUUGUUCAUCGUGUGGAUUUUGUGUUGUUAAAUAUGACCAUCACUGUCCAUGGAUUAACAAAUGUGUUUCAUUUAAUAAUUACAAAUACUUUAUGCUUUAUCUUAUUUAUGGAUGUAUAUUAUUAGCUUGGGCAUUGUUGACAAGUACUGAAUGUAUUAUUCGAUAUUUUGUACGCCAACAAUGGACAGAACAAGUUAUCAAUUUCAUUUGUGUCCUUUUAUGCGUUAUUUUAUUUACUGUUUUUGGUUACUAUCCACUUGGAGAACUUCUUAUUUAUCAUAUUCGAUUAGCGUCACUCAAUGAAACAACUUGUGAACAAGCAAAACCACCUAAUAUUCGUGGAGAUUCAAAUGCUGAUUAUAACAUGGGUGCAUACAGAAAUUUACGUGCUGUAUUUGGUUGGGGUUUAUGGGCAUUUCCCGUGGAUUCUCACGUAGGCGAUGGCAUUCAUUUUCCUGUUCGGUACUCAGAACAUGCAACAGCUGUAAAAGAAAUUCGAUAUAGCGUACAUAGGGAAGAUGAAUUCAAAAGUAAUGAACAAUAUUCUUGA